UCAUGAUUUAAAAAGCAAAGAUGAUACAUUUUACAAAGUAAUAACGUCCCAUGGUCGAUAAAUACAUUCAAACCCGUGUUCCGUAAGGUAAUUCUAUUUUCAAAACGUGAAAUCCGAUAUUUUUAUUUUGGAUUUUAUUUGUUAUAAUUCAAACAUAGCAAAACAAUUAGGAAAGGAAAAGGAAUGAUUAAUAGGACAUUAGUGUGUGAUUUAUAUGGAAUGGAAAAGAAACAAAGGCAAAACAAACCUGACAAGUAACUAGAAACUCACCAAUUUAGAGGUAUAUUACCAUGACGUGUGCGUUGAUCGACAGACCUCAUAUCCUUCAAUCUCAAUUAAACGCACUGUAUAAGAGUCAAAUUAUGAGCAACAAGGAUGAUAUAAAUGAUUCUGACGACGUCUUUUACCCUGGCAGUGUUGAUGAAACUAUUGAAGACAAAAAUGCAAAUGUAGUAACUGUCCCAAAGGAGCUAGAAGACGGACAUACCAGUUGCAGUGAAACGGAAUCAGAAUAUUCGGAAUAUUCGGAAAAUUACAGUCUUGAUUUACGAAUGCAGGAAUUAAAGGAUUACCGAAAUCAAGGUGAUAAAAUUGAGGGAUCAGAAUUGCAUAUAGAAAGCGUUGGAUAUAAUUUGACAGAUACGGAUCUUGAAACAGCAAAGAAUCGUUUACGUUUGGUAAAGGUCUAUGCUCAACUUAAAGAAGAGAUGGAAAAAUCAACAACAAGGAAAAUUGCAGAUCUCUUAUAUCAACAUAGGGAUAAAUUGUUGUCAGGACCGGCACAUGAAAAUAUACAUGCCUCAAAAACCAGAUCAGAGUUUGCAGAAAGGCUGCUGAAACGGGUGCUGAUGGGUCCCGAUAACGUACAUGAAGUGUUUGUAAAAUUCCUAAGACAGGAAGAUGAUAGUUUAGCGGUAAAAAUAGACAGAAUAGUUCUAACGGAUUAUGACUUAAAAGUGUUUUUGGCAAUGGAACGGAAAGCCGAAUCUCACGGACCAAAGCAGUAUAAGAACAAGUUUACUAAAGCUUUUAUGAAGCGUCAUCGUAAGAUUCUGGAGCAUUGGUUGAACGAUAAGAUUGUUGUGGAUUCAAUAAACGACCAGUUUUUAUCAAGACUUAUCUUUGGUAUUGGUGAACAUACAGAUAUUGCUGACAAUUCAAAAGACACAAAAAGCAAACUGAAACUCCUUUUAAGUACAAUUGAAAACUGUCAGCAGGAUAUCAGAGGAGUCUUUGUCGAGAUUUUAAAGUUGGACAAUGUUGGAAUGGCACAUAUACUCGAUAGAUUACGCAAACGAAAUUCUGUCAGUCGAAAAAAUGAGAAAAGAAAAAGUGACGAAACUCUUUUUGCCACACCGCCAAAACGAAAGACCAUACGUAACAACUUAUGUUCAGAUAAAGAGGCAAACAUUGUCAAAACGCUUCAAUCAAGCAAAGGUGCAAACGUUAAAGAUAAACUUUCAGAAUUAGAUUUGGAGUAUGAGGAAACAUGUGAAGGAUCAACUUUGAAAGUUGGCCCCAAAAAAUCCUAA